AUGGCCAUCCGAAGGCUCAAGGAGAUGCAGAUCGCUACGGCGGCCCACCUGACCUCCUUGGAGCAGUCAACGACGCAACUGGACCGUGAAGAGGCGUAUGAAUCCGAGGAGGAAGUCAGGUUCAUGGUCGAAGACCUCCAAGACCAGAUGGCGGCAGUGGAGGAGACGAAUGGGGAGCAGCAAACGAAGAUGUCUCGCGUUGUCGAGAGCCUGGACGUACUUGACCGCGAGGACCUUCCCGAGCGGAUGAUGGCAGUAGAGGAGGUGACUGGGGAGCAGGGAACCAACGUGUCCCACGUUGUUGAGCGCGUGAACCUUCUUGCUCGCGACAAAGAUACGUAUGAGGCUGCGUUGGCGAUGGAAAGCAAUUUGGAUCACAUCAAUCGUCGCCUCAACUUUGCUGAAAAGGGGCUGAGGGACGUGCAGAGGUAG